GUGCUGCUGUUCUGGCUCGCAGGUUCAUGCUCGUCCCGCAGAGGUCAGCCUGAGGAGAGGAGCAGCAGGCAUGGGCACCGGGGACUACAUUUGCGUCACGCUGCGUGGGGCUGCGCCAUGGGGGUUCACCGUGACACAAGGAGAGGGGGACACCUACAGACCCUUGAUGGUCUCUCAGGUAGAAGACGGUGGCUGUGCUUUCCUGGCCGGGGUUCAGGAGAGUGACCAUGUGGUGUCCAUCAACGGAGAGCCGUGCGCAGACCUGACCCUGGAGCAGGCGUGUUCUCUCAUCGACAGCUCAACAGACUGUCUGCAACUUCUGCUCAAAAGAUGCAGCAGCGGCCCAUCAGAAGACAGCGAUGCAGACGACACAUCCUGCGGCGAUGUUUUGGAGAGCACCACAUUGCACAUCCUCUCCCCCAAGCACCACUCUCCAAGCCCCAGUGAACUUUACAUCUCCGAGUCCCACGAUGAGGCGUCCUACGGGGGCAUGGACGGUGACGACGAAAUCAAUAAGGGACCGCAACUUCUCAGCACAGAGUUACAUUUACCCCACCAAAAGUGCCUUGAAUCCACAACUGAUGAUGUUUUGAUGUCUUUGGCUCCUGGGAACGUGGUGGAGCUACAAGUUUCUUUAGCGAGGUCUGCACUACAUGACACUGGCGGUGCAUCUACUGGGGAAACUAUCGAUACAGAGAACGCAUUUUCAAAUCAGGAAACCGCUAUAAAUGUUAAUGACAAUCCAGUUAAGAGUACCCGCGAACCGCUUAGCCAUCAUGGGGUGGUACUCAGCUCUCCCGCUACCCCAAGCCAGGUGGAGGUUAUUCUGCAAGGAGCGGGGAGGGGCGACCAGGGUGGGAGAAGUGGGGUGGGUGGCCCCAAGAUCAGCUGCGAAGAAGGAGAAGAAGAAAGUCAGGAAGUGCCCAAGUCAUUUACCGUGACAUUUGCGACAGAGGAAACAACAGCGACUGAAGAUCAAGACUCUGGUGAAUCUGAGGAAGAUCCAGACCAACCACAUAAGCACAGAGCAAGACAUGCGAGGCUCAGGCGCAGUGAGAGUCAGUCCGAGAAGCAGGUAAAGGAGGCCAAGUCCAAAUGUAAGCGCAUUGCCCUGCUCCUGAAGGCUGCCCCACCCAACCCCAACAACAAGGGGGUGUUAAUGUUCAAGAAACACCGGCAGAGAGCCAAGAAAUACACACUAGUGAGCUACGGGACUGGAGAGGAAGACCCCGAGUACCGAAGUGAAGAAGAAGAGGACGACGAAGAUUCACACGCUGUUGAAUUUACUAUUGUUCCAUCCAAGGAUAUAGAGCUAACCAAUGCUAACAGUAGUGCAGGUGUGCUAAGUAUAACCUUUGAUAAGGGCCUACUUGAGAUAGAGCGGAACUUGAACAGCCCAGUCAAAAUGGAGUGUGAAACAAAAGGAAAAGGAGCAUUAAUGUUUGCACAGAGACGUCUAAGGAUGGAUGAGAUUUCUGCCGAGCAUGAAGAGCUCCGUCGUCAGGGGAUACCGGUGGAUGGAAUACAGGAAGUGCAGAAGAAGAUGGAGGAACACGCUUACAUGCAGUCGACAAUGGAGGGCCAUGGAUAUAUGGAUGUCAAUAUACAUCAACAAAGCCAGCAGCAGUAUCAGCAGUAUCAAGGGCAACAGUACUACGAGCAGCAGCAGCAGCACUACCAACAACAGAACUAUCACCAACAACAACAACAACAACAACUGCAACAACAACAACAACAACUUUAUCAGCAACAACAACAAAACUAUCAACAACAGCAAAACUAUCAACAGAACUACCAGCAGCAGACCUAUCAGCAGCAGCAGUACCAGCAGCAGUAUGAGCAGCAGCAGGUGCAUCAGCAGCAGCAACAGGAGUACCACCGAGAGCAGCAGCAGUACCAACAGUAUUCUGCAAAUAUGAAUGGAACAGUACAACAGCAGACCAUGGAGAUACAGAGCUCCCCUAGUAACCGCACUGCCAAACCUUUUACAGCACAAGACAUGACACCUGUGGCCUAUCCUACUGCAAACGGGGACAAUCAGGAGAACCAAGGGGAGCAAAUAGCUUCACGCGAUGAGAGGAUAUCUACACCUGCCUUUAAAACAGGCAUCCUGCUGGACACAAGAAGACGAUCUGGUGGCAAACCCAUGUUCACCUUUAAGGAGGCUCCAAAGGUUUCACCCAACCCAGAGCUCCUAAACCUCUUAAACAGAGGGGACAGGAAAAUGGGCUAUGAGUCAGGAACUGAAGAGGACUAUCUCAGCCUUGGGGCUGAAGCUUGUAAUUUUCUUCAGUCUCCUGGAUUUAAACAAAAGAUUCCUCCUCCAGUGGCUCCAAAGCCAAUGAUCAACCCUAAUGCUCCACCCUGGGCUGUGCAGAUGGAUGGGACCAACCAGGACAUGCCUCAGUGCUCUGAAAAUAGCCUGAUAACACCUGCUGUGGCCCCCCCUGCUGACACUACUCCUGCUACAGAAGUGGAGCCAGCACCUGCCCCUGAGCCUCCCACCCCCUCCGCUCCACAAGAGGCCCCUCCCCCCUCUGCUACAGGGGAGCAGCACACGUGGAGUGCGCCGACAGCCGAGCCACAGCCACCACAGGCUCCACAGGCUCCACAGGCUCCACAGGCUCCACAAGCUCCACAAGCUCCACAAGCUCCACAAGCUCCACAAGUCAUUGCAGCUCCUGAGGACAGACUUCAGAUGAACCCACCACAGCAGCCUGAGCCCGCUCCUGCUGCUACCUGGACCCCAGCUCAGCCUCAGCCACAGCCCUCAAACUCCUGGCACCCGGCUCCCCCUCAGGAGCCUCCUCACACUCAGUCUUCACCACAACCUCCGUGGGUAACUCGCCACUCUGCUCCGGUCCAACCGCCUCAGCCACAGGCUAACAGCUGGAGCCCCCAGAUGCAGCAGAGCUGGGCCCAGCCUCCUGAGCAGCCAUCCUCCCAGCCCCCGGUGCAGCCUCCCUGGGCACAGGAGCAGCCUGCAUUGCAGCAGAUGCACCCGGCCUGGACCCAGCCUCAGGAACAGCAGCCUCAAUCCCCAUGGGUGCAGCCCCAACAGAAACCCCAGGUCCAGCCCCCGUGGGUGCAGCAAGUCCCAGAGUCUCAGCCCCAGCCCCCAUGGGUGCAGCAGCCGCAGGCUCCUCCUCAGGGGUGGCCACAGUCCCCCAGUCAGCCUCCCUGGGGCGCUGCUCAGCAACAGCCAGCGUGGAAUCCCCAGCAACCUCAGAGCCAACCCCCCUGGAUGCAAUCUGCACAAGCCCCACCUCCACAGCCUCAGGCCGGGUUAAACCCCUGGGCCCCUGUGCCUCAGCCCCAGCAGCCCUGGGCUCAGCAGUCACCGGAGCAGAGCCAGCAGCCCCUGAAUGCCUGGGCUCCAGAACAAAACCAGCCCCAACAACAACAGCACCCAUGGGCCCAGCAAGCUCCUCCACCUCAGCACCCUCAGCAGCCAGUGAGCACCUGGCAGCAGCCUCCUGUGAAGACCUCUCCACAGCCCCCCGCUCAGACGCAGCCCCCUCACUCUUGGGCACAGCCAGCACAGCCUGCCCCUGUGAGCUCAUCACUGGUCAACACUCGACCUUCUCCAAAGCCAUGGCAGCCCCCACCGAGCAGAGCCUCUCCCCCUCCUCCACCGCCACAGAGAAUCUCCUCCUUCACCUUUGGCCAGAGAACAUCCUCCCCUGUGAACCCCAUGGCCACAGUGCUCCCAACAUCUGCAGGUCCUGCCUACGAGAUGCCCACUGUCAAAGGCAAAGGAGCGGACAUGUUUGCUAAGAGACAGUCUCGUAUGGAGAAGUAUAUUGUGGACUCUGAGACUGUUGAGGCAAACAAGGCCAGCCGCUCCACAUCACCUGCUACGUCUUUACCCACAGAAUGGAAAUACACUCCUAAUGUACGUGCCCCACCCCCACGAGCCUAUAACCCAAUUCAGUCUCCUCUGUAUCCUCCUGCUGCUUCUAAACAGCCACCUCCUUCUAGUAACCCUAGUAAAUCUAAGAAAAAAGAUAAACCAGCCGCUCCUCCCCCCAAACCCCUUAAUGUCAUAGAUGUAAUGAAACACCAACCGUAUCAGCUCAGCUCCUCCCUGUUUAUCUUUGGGCCAGCAGAAGAGGCUAAGCCCCCUGCUCCAAAGCCUGAGUGCCCUCCUCCUAACCCACCUGUAGAAAACCAGCCACAGCUUUCUUAUGAGCAAAUGGCUAUGCAACAGGCAGGACAGAUGAACCCCCAGUAUGCCCCACAGGGUUAUGGGAUGCCAAUGCAUCCAAUGGGUCAACCUAUGAUGCACGAGGGCCCCUACCAGCAGCUCCCUCCCAAUAUGUACCAAUAUGCUUACCAGCAGCCCCCAGGUCCAUACCAACAGAUGUACAACCAGCCUUAUCAGCAGCCACCUCCAGUGGCGUAUCCAGCCCCGGGCCCUCAAUCCCCUAAUGCCCCCUACCAACAGCCCCCUCAGGCCCCCUACCCUCCCGCACAAAGCCCCCCCUACAUGGCACCCCCUGUGCAGUACCAGGCUCCCAGUACAGCUCCCAGUACAGCUCCCAGCUAUCCCAUAGCAGCCAGACCAGAGUCUGUAUCAGCUGCUAACCCCACCACUGCUCCCAAACCCAAGUUUAUGGCUAAAAAGAGCUCAGCUCAGGUGUGGAAGCCAUCUGGAGGGGAUAAAGAGUGAAACUGGCACAAAUAACAUUCUCAUUGAAGCCAGUGCAUAGAACUAUAUCGUAUUUAUUUUUUAGCACACUGAAAAUGUCUGCUGUAACUGAGCAAUAACUGUUCAUAUGGUUUGUAUAUUUUUAAAAUAUAAAUAUAGUGGCACAAAUAAUACACCCACGUAUAGACGGUAAAAGAAGAAUGUGUGAGAACCAAUGCAGGGACUAACUGACCGCGGCAUUAAGAUGGUGACAGAAGGAAGUUUGACAGUGCCUUAUGUGUGACUGAAACAAACAUUUAUUUUAAUAGCUAAUUAGAAUAAAUAUAUCCAGGAGAUAUCAUGUUUUUAUAGUUAAUUUAAGCUCAUUUUUAGACAUUAUGGGAAGACAAACCCCCUUCAAAUAAGAUUUGACCUAUUUUAAAGGAAAUGUUUUUUUACAAGCCUCAUCUGUGACUUUUUCACUCACUUAUGUGGGUUAGUUUUAUUUUGGACAUAGACAGCUGUUGCAUCAUGUUGUAUACUAUUUAUAAAUGCUUCUUGAGAGGGCGCCCUGGGGUUUCAGCUUUCUAUUUCAACUCAGGCCACUGAAUGAAACAAUUUUUCUCUCUUCUAUCUGCUGUCUUUGGUUAUUACCCCUGUCGUUUCAUUGCACUGAGCUUUUUAAUUAAAACGAUCACGUGCUCGUUUCCUACUUAUCUGUUUUAUUUAUGUUUCCUUCUGUGUGUUUCUCUCUGUUGCACUUUCUGUACGACUCACUUCCUUUCAUUAAAUGUAAAUGUACCU